GAAAAUGCAGAUGGUACUAUAGAAAGGUACAAAUGCAAGGCUAGUUACUGAAGGUUUUCAUCGAUUAGAAACAAAGCUUAGACUGACACUUCUACUCCUGUAGUUAAAGUGUUAAACCAACUAUAUUUAACUUACACUUUAAAAGAAGGGACAUGACAUGCGACCCACGCCUUAAAUAUAAGUACAGCACGGAACCAAAAUUAGGAUUCAUGAACACCGAACACGCCUAAUCUGGGCUCAUCCAAAUGGUUUCUGUGACACCUAAAGUGCCUGUCAUCCUCCUUUAUACUCUGCAAAAUACCUUCCCCAAAGUACAGCAAAGACCAAAUUCAACAUUGGCUACCAAGAUAAUUUCUCUAGUAAACCAAGGGCAAAGCAGAAAAGGUUUGCUUCUUUUCAACCAGCUUCAAUCAUUUGAAGUUAGAGUAACUGGAUUCUUACUCACAGCUGUUCUCAAAUGUUGUGCAAGACUUGAAGCUCUUAAUGAAGGAAAACAGACCCAUUGUGUAAUAUUCAAAUAUGGGUUCAAUAAGGACUUGAUUCUAAUGACAUCUCUAAUGGAUAUGUAUUUUAAAUCCAGAAGCGUUUGUGAAGCUCGUAAUGUGUUUGAUGAAAUGACUGAAAGAGAUGUGAUAGCAGUUAAUGGAAUGAUCAGCGGGUUAUGCCGAUGCAAUUUAACAUCAGAGGCAGUUCAAAUAUUUGAGAAAGACGUGGGGUCAUGGAAUUCAUUGAUUUCAGGCCUUGGUCAGAAUAUGGAGGGACUUGGAGCUCUGAAUUUCUUUAGGAUAAUGCGAUCAGAAGGAAUGAAAAUUGAUCUUACGACGAUGGUAAGUGUGCUAUCGGUUUCUGCUGACUUAGCAGCUUUGGUUAAUGGUCAACAAGUACAUUGUUUGGUUAUUAAACAUGGCUUUGAAAUGUAUCUUCCAAUUGGGAACGCUACAGUUGAUAUGUACGCAAAAAGUGGGUGCAUAAAUGAUGCGUUGCUUUGUUUUAACAAUAUCACAUCUAGGAAUGUAGUUUCUUGGACUUCUUUGAUAUUGGGUUUAGGGAAACAUGGACUUGGAUAUGAAGCUCUGAGAGCUUUUGAUCAAAUGGAAAUGGAGGGAGUUGUACCGAACAAUGUUACAUUCUUGGGUGUUUUAUAUGCAUGUAGUCAUGCAAGGUUGGUGGAGCAAGGAUUAGAAGUUUUCAACAAAAUGAUUUAUAAAUACUCUUUCAAUCCCAUGAUGGAGCAUUAUACAUGCAUGGUUGAUCUCCUCGGACGAGCUGGAAAACUUGAAGAAGCACGUGUAUUCAUCGAGAAAAUGCCAGUUAAUCCUGACGUCAAGCUUCUGACUGCAUUCCUUAGUUCGUGUUUUUCUUUCAUGAAUGUAGAGUUAACAAGAAAAGUGGGGGAGAAGUUACUUGAGUUGCAGCCUGAUGACGCAGGAGCUUAUAUAUUGUUAUCCAACUUCUAUGGAUUGGUUGGAGAUUUGGAAGGUGUUGCAAAGGUUAGAAGGUUGAUGUCCAGCAGGGGAAUCAGGAAGGAAAAAGCUUGUACGUGGAUUGAGAUUAGGGGAAAAGUUUAUGUCUUUGAAUCAGGAGAUAGAUCACAUCUGCUCCAUAAAGAGAUCUAUAGUUAUUUGGAGGAACUAAUCAAGAAAAUGAAGAAAAUUGGAUACGUACCGAAUUUAAGCUUAGUGGUGCAGAAUGUGGAUGAUCAGAGAAAAGAAGAAAUAUUGUUAGGUCACAGCGAGAAGCUUGCGAUUGUAUUUGGGCUUCUUAGCACGCCGCCAGGUUCUAUGAUCACGAUUGUCAAGAAUCUUCGAAUAUGUAUAGAUUGUCAUGCAGCAACUGCGUUUAUCUCGAAAAUUGCAGGGAGAGAGAUUGUGGCAAGAGACUCAAGUCGGUUCCAUCGGUUUAAAGAUGGAUUAUGUUCUUGUGGAAACCACUGGUGAAAGCUCGGGGUCUGAUAGAAAUGAUGCACAGUGCACAUUUGCUUAAGAAAGUAAGAAUUACUAUCUUAUUUCAAAAUUUUAAAUUGUGACAGAUCCCAGUCUGUAAGACAUUAUUAUGAAAGAAAAGCAAACAUUAACAAUUGCAAAAGCAUAUUAUGUUGGGGUUUCAUUUCAUAAGGCGGCUUGAUUAGA